AUGGCAGAAAAGUCCACGGCUGCGACAACGACAACAGUGCUCGAGUUUGCCACCAACAGCGUGCGCAACACAACACUGGCCACAAGCUCGGAUGACCCGUACUUCGAGAUUGUCACCCGCUUCUGGCAUCCGCAUGUUACCAAGAUCAACAAGCUCGAACCGGGUCCUGGAGCAAAGCUGACGACUGUCGCUGAGAUUGACACGUCAAGUAAUGCACGGGUGAGGUUUUAUGAUGACGACAAAAAGUCAGAGAAGGGACGAGGGGCGCUGGGCGAAUGGAUAGAUAGCACAACGAUAUUGAAGCUAGCAGAUGGGAAGCCCGGCGGAACCUACAUUGAUUCAGACGGGAUCGAGUACAGAUGGAAGACGCACAAUCGUAAUUUCCAGCUCUAUCGUGUUGACGACACAACUCGACUGCCCAUUGCUGUCUUCCACCCAUGCAAACGGCACUUUGGUGUUUGGCGAAUGUCGGAGCACGCCCGACUGGAGGUCAAGUCGCAGAUCAAACACAUGGAGCGCUUGAUAGCGAGCUUCCUCCUCGUCGAGCGCCAACGGAGACACAAACGCUUUUCGUACAGAAAGUAG